GUAGCAAUUUUUGUUGAAUUUUUUUAUUGUUAAACGAAAAGCAAAAGAAACAAGUGCAAAUUAAACCGAAAAAGGAGCAAACAACAAAAGAAGCGACCAAAAAUUCAAAAGUCCUGGAUUAUUUUGAAUUUUUUUCUUUCUCCCUUACAAUUAAUUGAACAAAGACAAAAAGCGGCAGCUCUUCCAAGCUAACGGUAAACAGCAAAGUGAAAUCUCACGCAAAAAAAAUAAGGAAAAAGCAAAAAAAAGCAACAACACACUGAAAAAGCAAAGGCAGACAGAAGAAGAAACGGCAGCAAGUGCAAGAGAGAAAGAGCUGUGUUAAGAGAGCGGCUCAAAGGAGAGCGUACGUGUGUGUGUGCGUGCGUACGUGUGACUUCCUUAUUUUUGGAGAGAAAAAAAAGUCACAAAAACUCUUGAAAACUAAAAAAAAAAAUAAUAAUUAAAAACCAUAAAAGACCUGGAACUGGGCCUUAAGCAGACAUACAAAAAGAAAAAAAAGAACAAAAUCAAAGGAGCAAAACGAAUAUAUAUAAAUUUAUUUACGCUCCAAACGCGCACAAUGACCUUGCCAACAAACCCAAAUGCGACCAGCGGCGGCAACAGCAACAGCAACAACAACAACAACAGUAACAGUAACAGUAAUAACAACAACAGCAGCAGCAGCAGCAGUGACGAAGAUUCCGACAUUUUUGGACCGCCCCGCUGCUCUCCACCGAUUGGUUACCACCACCACCGCUCCCGCGUCCCGAUGAUCUCACCGAAGCUGCGACAGCGGGAGGAACGCAAGCGCAUCCUGCAGCUGUGCGCCCACAAGCUGGAGCGGAUCAAGGACUCGGAGGCGAAUCUGCGGCGCAGCGUUUGCAUUAACAACACCUACUGCCGCCUCACCGAUGAGCUGCGUCGCGAGAAACAGAUGCGUUACCUGCAGAAUCUGCCCAGAACCGACAGCAGCGCCAGCACCACCACCACCGCCGAGCUGGCACGUGAGAAUCUCUUCCAGCCGAAUAUGGAUGACGCCAAGCCGGCGAGCAAUGGUCAGAGCAAGUCCUUGUCCUACGGCGACAUGUCUUCGUACAACUCCUCCUCAUCCAACUCCUGCUCCUCCUCUUCGAAUGUCUCCGCUUCCUCCUCCUCCUCCCCGUCGAGUGGGCGUGGAGGGAUCUGCAUUCCGUUGGAAAAUCAACCACCUUCAUCGCGCCAACUGAUGGCCACGCCGGCUGGAGCAUCUGCACCGGCGGCUGCUAACUCGGUGCCGCUUUCCGUUUCCGGUUCAGCCUCAGCCUCGGCCAGCAUUGGGCGUAAACGUCAUUUGUCUAGCAGCAAUUUGGUUAACGAUCUGGAGAUCCUCGAUCGGGAGCUAAGCGCCAUCAAUGCCCCAAUGUUGCUCAUCGAUCCGGAGAUAACCCAAGGUGCCGAGCAGCUGGAGAAGGCGGCACUCUCGGCGAGCAGGAAGAGAUUGAGGAGCAACAGUGGCAGCGAGGAUGAGAGUGAUCGUUUGGUGCGGGAAGCACUGUCCCAAUUCUAUAUACCGCCGCAGCGUCCCAUCUCUGCCAUUGAGGAUUGUCCCCUGGAUGUGGUCGGUUUGGGAAUGGGCAGUGGAGGUGGAGUGAUGAGCGGGAGUGGCAUGACCAUGGGCAUUGGAAUCGGAGGAGGAGGAGGAGGAGCAGCAGCAGCAGGCGCUGGCGCCGGUGUCGUUGAGAUGGGUUCCAAGCGCAGCAAGAUCGAUCAUCACCAUCAUCAUCAUCACCUUGGGCACCAUCAUCAUCACAGUCUGCAUCACCACCACCACCAUCAUCAUCAUCACCACCACCUGGAGCUGGUGGACUUUGAUAUGAAUCAGAACCAAAAGGACUUUGAGGUCAUUAUGGAUGCACUGCGUCUGGGUACGCCAACGCCGCCGAGCGGUGUCAGCAGUGAUUCAUGCGGCCAGGCGGCAAUGAUGAGUGAGUCGGCCAGUGUGUUUCACAAUUUGGUGGUCACAUCCCUGGAGACAUGAAAGUAUCAGUAAAAGGAUCAGCUUCAGCAGACAAAGAUUAUGAAAUAAUAUUACAACAACAAAAAAGAAAAGCAAAACAAAACUUAGGCUAUGGAAGAACCUAAAAACUUAAGCUAGCUCUUAAAAGUGAAAGCGAAACCCCGAAAGGAGCAGAUCGAAAGCAUUACUCACUUUAAGGAUUAAAGGAAAUACAACAAUAUAUAUUAUAUAUAGUAUAUAAAGCGGCAGAAGAUACAACAAAUCAAGACAAAAGAAAAACAAAAACAAAAAUCAAAGAAUUUGUAGUCAAAAAAAUAAAAGAAAUCAGAGAAAACAAUCUAUAAGUUAUAAUUGUAAUUUAUAAUACACGAAAUCCAGGCAAAAAGCUUCAGUUUGGUUUCCGUUUCGGUUUCGAUUUUGCAAAAAGAAUCAAAUAAAAAACCAAAAAUUAAAACACCCACAAGCAGCACAUUCCAGGGUCCUUACCAAAGGACCUCGCUCGCUCCUGUACGUUAUAUAAUUAU